AUGUCAGGACCGCCUAGAUUCCAGCGUUAUGACAAGCGUCAUUACAACGACGAGUACUACGACGACCGCUAUUACUACCGCAAUGACUACUACGGCCAGGAUCAGCGAUAUUACUACGACGAGCCCAGACUUCCAACCGGUCCGCGUGCGACCACAGCUCCUAGAGGCAAUGCUCAACCGACUUUCAAGAGAGCUAAAGUCAGCAACAAGAACGUAAUGGAGGAGGAGGAAGAAGAUACAUGGCAGCCAGAAAUGCUGUUCAUGCGUCACGUGGACAUCAAGGGCCCUGUUUUCGAGCGAAUAAACCAGGUUGGAGAAGGAACAUAUGGAAAAGUGUACAAGGCGAAAAACAAAAUCACCGGGCAGCUGGUAGCGCUCAAACGUUUGCGACUGGAAUCCGAACGCGAGGGCUUCCCAAUUACUGCGAGCCGGGAGAUUGGCCUUUUGCAGUCUUUCGACCAUCCGAACAUCGUUGGACUGAGCGAAAUGAUGGUGGAAAAAAAUGCUGUCUACAUGGUUUUCACAUACAUGAACCACGACCUGGCAGGUAUUCUUCAGCAGGCCGAGAUUGUGAUCAGCGACGGCGAGAAGAAGAAUAUUUUCAAGCAGCUUUUGCGCGGCAUCAACUACUUGCACACCAAAAAAGUUAUUCACAGAGAUAUAAAGGGCUCCAACAUUUUGCUGGACGAGAAAGGAGUGCUCAAGAUUACAGACUUCGGGCUUGCGCGACGCAUGAAGAACAUCAACAGCAACGUCGAGUCGCCAAACUACACUAAUAGAGUCAUCACCUUGUGGUACCGUCCGCCAGAGAUUUUAUUGGGGUCCACAGACUACGGACGGGAGGUGGACAUUUGGGGCAUUGGCUGUUUGCUGAUCGAGCUGUUUACACGACAUGCUAUCUUUCAAGGAACAGACGAAGUUGAUCAGUUGUGGAAAGUGUACGAUAUCAUGGGAACGAUAACUACCGAGGAAUGGCCAGAUUGCGACAAGUUGCCGUGGUUUGAGAUGCUACGACCGAAUAGCCACAAGCCGUCGCUGUUCAGGUCCAAGUUUGGGUCUCUUUUGAGCCCGCAGUGUUUCGACCUGGCCAGCAAACUGUUGUCGAAAAACCCGAAAACCAGAAUUAGCGCGUCAGAAGCUCUAAGACACCCGUACUUUAUGGAGGAGCCAUUAGAACAGAAGUUGCAGUUUUUGAGCAAGAUCGAGGGCGAAUGGCAUGAGUUUGAGGCAAAGAAAAAGCGCAAGCUGUUGCGGGAGGCAAAACAAAAAGAGAUGGCAAACGUGUCGGGCUAA